AUAUCCGGAAUUGUAUUUCAGGCUUCCUGCAGAUUAAUAGGUAUCUUUUUUUCUUCUGUAAAUUUACAGUUCUGCAGCACAUAAAAUUUGUCUUUAUUUUUAUGUCUCUUUUUGUGUGAAUGAAAAAAAAAAAAAAGGGUUUCAGUGCUGUAUCUUUGAAGACAAAAAAAGUCUUGAAGAACAAUGUGACUCACUAACAACCCUACAGUAAUUCUUAACAAGUAUUUGCACAUUAAGUGCUUUCCUUGACAAGUUGUAUGCUUUUAAAAUCUGCUGGAUACAAGCUGUAGACCCUCCCUCACCACACCAAACCAGGCAUGUAACUGAGGGACCAGUGAGACCAAGUGUAAGCUAUUGUAGUAAUAAGUGGAAAGAGGAGUGAAAGAGAAACAUGGCUAGAGACUGGUUCACAUCAUCUCAAAUCUGCUAAUCUCAGAGAAACCCGAAAGUAGCUCCAAUCCUAACUGAACACUAUCAGUUUGGUUUGGGAAACCCACAUCUCUCACUUCCACAUUGCCUGCAGCCAGUGUAGAUAAACAAAUGGCAUCCUUGACUACUUAAUGCCUGUGAGACUCUCAUCACUUAGAUGAUUGCAGGUAUAAAGCAGAAGGUGCACUGCUGCUGUGCCUUGCUCUGAGUUUCCUCAUAGCAGAAGGCAAUUACCUAAUGUUUGCACCUUGGGCAUUCAUCAGUCUUGCAUGGAUUGAGCCCCAAAGCACUCGAUGGAGCUCCAGAGAGAUCAACAGAUCUUUCAGAAUAUGAGCAAGAGCCAGACCUGUAAGACUUGGAUUCAGUUCAGCAGAGCUCACUCAAACAUACAGGAGAAAAAUAAUGUUAGAUGCAGCACUGUCACUCAGAAAGAAGAAAAUGCUGGGUGCCACCACCAAGAUGAGAAGGAUUGAGAGAAAUAACAUGGCUUUCACAGACACGAUUCCGUAUUUGUUUGUACAGGGAAAAGACAGCAGGAGGAGGUGGCAAGACAAAGACAGUUUAUUUUUUGCCUUAUUGAAUUACAUUACAGAAUCAAACAGGAAUAAAAACUUUGAAGAGUGACUAAUUUAUGUGAAACUAAAUUCAUCAUUGCAAAUGUAGGUACAUUUUAUACUGUACUCAUUAAGGUAAUUUCUGAGGAGUGAGCUCAGCAGGCGACUUGUGAGCAAGGAAUUUCUAAGUACUGUACUUUGAUGGGAAGUACAAGAAGGAAGUGGCAAGAAGUACUCAAGACUAUGAUAUGGAGUGGAGAAUGGGCAAAAGGACACCAAUAGAAACCUUUCACAAAGAAAUCAGAUAGGAAGUCACUUAGUAUUGCAUGAGAGUCCAUUACGAACAAGUUGAAGAAACAAUGAGGUGAUGGAGGUGUAGACACAGAAACCAGACUGAAAGCCUUUUUUGUUUGUUUUUUCUAUCUUCACCACUGCUAUCAGUUGUUGUUUGCUGUUCAUAUGGCACCUUCCUAAAUGUGAAAAACAUAUAUAGGCCAGACAGGUAACAGCCAGGAACCCUAGAUUGUAGGGACCACUGUCUGUGCUGAGAGGAACAUGUUUUCUGUAAGUUUGAUAAUGGCAAAAGAACGAAGCAGAUGUGGUCAUGAAAAGAAAAAAGUUGACCAGAUCAUGCAUCAGAAAAGACAGCUGAUUAAGUUCUAGUGAGGUAGUGCUAGCUUUUCAUUAGCCCAAGUGUGCUUCAGAUUAAAUAUUUCUUACUCUUGCUGUUUACCAGUAGCCCAGUUUUACAUGCUGUUUACCAUGACCAGUAACAUGGUGAAUUGCCUCCAUUGCCACACACUUACAUCAGACUACACAGCAUCAUCAGUUCUAAACAAUUCUUAGUCCUGUUAAUGAUAUUAAGUGAAGUUCUUAUAUAAAAUAAACAUUCUCUUGUCAAAUCUACAUCACUGGGGUACUUUUUAGGCUAGAUGUACUAUUAUUACUUGGAAUUUUCCACCAUAUGGGCUGGCAGAUUUCUUUCCAUUAUCAGUUGGCUCCAGUUCCUAAUCAGAAGGAGAAAUCACAGCACUGCAGGUUAUGAAAUAAUGGAAAAUUCCAUCAUUUCAAAAGUGUGGUUACUGAUGGGAAAGUGAUUGCUUUUCCUAACUCUUGUUUGCUUCAUGAAACAAUGACUGCAAAGUUCAGCUUUGGGCAAUUGAAUACUACAUUGCUCCUUUGCAAAACACUACACUCCUCUCUUAUUUUGGCUCAUACUUUGUUUUAAUUCUUUAGGUAAAAUUCUGGCCUCACUGCAGGCAAUGUGACUUAAUUGAAGCAAGGAUUUCAGAUCUCUUUUCUUACAGAUCUUCGAGUGGUGGUACUUCCGCAAGUACGGCACCUCCUUCAUCGAGCAGGUCUCGGUGAGCCACCUGCGCCCCCUGCUGGGCGGGGUGGACAACAGCGCGCCCAGCGCCGCCAGCGCCGCCGGCGGGGACGCGGACUCGAGCCGCCAGAGCGUCUCAGAGUGCAAAGUCUGGCGAAAUCCUUUAAAUCUGUUCAGAGGAGCUGAAUAUAAUCGGUAUACAUGGGUAACAGGAAGAGAACCUUUGACUUACUACGAUAUGAAUCUUUCAGCACAGGACCAUCAGACAUUCUUUACCUGUGACACAGAUCAUUUACGGCCUGCAGAUGCUAUAAUGCAAAAAGCCUGGAGAGAGAGAAACCCUCAAGCACGAAUUUCUGCAGCACAUGAAGCUUUGGAAUUGAAUGAGUGUGCUACUGCUUAUAUUCUCUUAGCUGAAGAGGAAGCAACAACAAUUGUAGAAGCAGAGAAGCUGUUCAAGCAGGCUCUGAAAGCUGGAGAGGGCUGUUACAGGCGCAGCCAGCAGCUACAGCACCAUGGUGCCCAGUAUGAAGCUCAACACAGAAGGGACACCAAUGUGUUAGUAUAUAUUAAAAGAAGGCUGGCAAUGUGUGCAAGGAAGCUGGGAAGAACCAGAGAAGCAGUGAAAAUGAUGAGAGAUUUGAUGAAGGAGUUUCCCCUUCUCAGCAUGUUCAACAUCCAUGAAAACCUGCUAGAGGCUUUGCUGGAACUGCAAGCAUAUGCAGACGUCCAGGCAGUCUUAGCAAAGUAUGAUGAUAUAAGUUUACCAAAAUCAGCAACAAUAUGCUACACAGCUGCAUUGCUCAAAGCCAGAGCUGUCUCUGACAAAUUUUCUCCAGAGGCUGCCUCAAGGCGAGGGCUGAGUACCGCAGAGAUGAAUGCAGUAGAAGCUAUUCACAGAGCAGUAGAAUUUAAUCCACAUGUGCCAAAAUAUCUACUAGAAAUGAAAAGCCUAAUUCUGCCCCCUGAACAUAUUCUGAAGAGAGGGGACAGUGAAGCAAUAGCGUAUGCUUUCUUUCAUCUUCAACACUGGAAAAGAGUAGAGGGGGCAUUGAACCUCUUACACUGUACAUGGGAAGGCACUUUCAGAAUGAUCCCCUAUCCACUGGAAAAAGGACAUCUUUUCUACCCUUACCCUAUUUGUACAGAAACUGCAGAUAGAGAACUGCUACCAUCAUUUCAUGAGGUUUCAGUUUAUCCCAAGAAAGAGCUUCCCUUCUUCAUCCUCUUCACUGCUGGACUCUGCUCUUUCACAGCCAUGCUCGCCCUCCUGACACAUCAGUUCCCAGAGCUCAUGGGGGUCUUUGCAAAAGCUUUUCUCAGCACCCUCUUCGCCCCUUUAAAUUUUGUGAUGGAAAAAGUAGAAAGUAUCCUGCCCUCCAGCCUGUGGCACCAGCUGACAAGGAUCUGAGGGAGCAUGCCCGCUGACUGACUGCUAUGACAUCUUCUGUGCCAACCUUUUGUUGACCACAAGAAAGCAUGAUAAAAAAGGGAAGCAGUUAUAAGACUUAAAAACUCUUCAUGGAUUGUCUGUUCUCAUAUAAAAACUGUUUUGUUGUACAAAAUACAUUGAUGUUAGGUUCUAUUAUAUUUUGCCUUCAGAAAAGAAAAAAAAAUAAACUUUUGUGUAUUGUA